CCGCCUUCCACCAACCCAAAAUUUUGAACAAAAAGGCACCCCCUUUUGAAUUAACACCUAAUUUAUUUACAAUUUCACUCUCAUUAAAUAGAAGAGAUAAAUGUUAAAGACCAUUAUCGUGAAUUCUUCUGAAGAAUGUUGAUGCAUAGCGCAAAAAGCUGGGUUCUUUGGGUUUGGUUUCGGUAUAAAUAAGGAAAGUUUCAAUCUUUUUCAGGAAGGAAAAAGAAAACAAGAGAUGGGGAUACUGCUUGAUGAUGCUGUGCUAAUUCGGCAGUCGGAGAAAGAAGAAGAGCCCACUGUUAUUACCGUUAAUUGUCCCGACAAGACCGGCUUGGGUUCUGAUCUUUGCCGCAUAAUUCUCUUCUUUGGCCUCACUCUUGUCCGAACUGAUGUAUCUACCGAUGGAAAAUGGUGCUACAUAGUGUUGUGGGUGGUGGGCAGACAGAAUACACGGUGGGGUUUGUUGAAGAAGAGACUGAUGGAGGCUUGCCCUUCCUCUUCCUUGGCUUCUGGAAUUCUCUAUUAUACCCAAUUGCAACCUCCUAAGCCUCCUCAUGUCUUCCUCUUGAAGUUCUGUUGCCAUGACCGACCAGGCCUUUUGCAUGAUGUGACUGAGGCUCUUUGUGAGCUCGAGUUGACGAUAAAGAGAGUGAAGGUGUCGACAACUCCAGAUGGGAAAGUGAUGGAUCUCUUCUUCGUAACAGAUGCAAGGGAACUUCUACAUACCACGAAGGGAAAGGAGGACACAUACGAUCAUUUAAAAGGCGUUAUUGGGGAUACCAUGAUGAGCUGCGAGAUAGAAAUGGUUGGUCCUGAAAUUACUGCCUGUUGUCAAGGAACCUCGUUUCUUUCAGACGCAGUUGCCCAAGGCAUGUUCAACGUAGACCAACCUCGAGAUGACUCCACUGCCCUUCAAUGGCCAUCGGUCACCAUGGAUAACUCAUUGAGCCAGUCUCACACUCUUCUCCAACUCGUUUGCCAGGAUCACAAAGGUCUCCUGUACGACGUUAUGCGGACUUUGAAGGAUUAUAACAUCCAGAUUUCGUAUGGACGCAUCACCACAAAAGAGAACACAAAGUGUGAGAUGGACUUGUUUAUCAUGCAAGCUGACGGAAAGAAGAUAGUUGACCCGAGCAAGCAGGAUGGAUUGAAAUCUCGCCUAGAGAUGGAACUGAGUCGUCCUCUCAGAGUAUCCUUGAUCAGCCGUGGCCCUGAUACAGAGCUGCUGGUUGCAAAUCCGGUCGAGUUAUCAGGAAAAGGUCGCCCCUUGGUAUUCUACGACAUUACACUGGCUCUCAAGAUGCUUGAUACGCCAAUCUUUUCGGCUGAAAUCGGGAGGUAUGUGAUUAGAGACCGGGAGUGGGAAGUUUAUCGGGUUUUACUUGAUGAAGGGGACCUGGGUUGUGUCUCGAAGGAAAAGGUAGAGGAGACUGUUUGGAAGAUGUUGAUGAGUUGGAAGUAAUCGUAAUUCGUCUCGCGGUGUCUUACUCUACUUGGGUGCACGGGUGCUCGAUGCAAUCUGUAUAUAGUUCAUAAUUUGUCAGCGAAGUAUGUGUUUUUUUACUCUACAAAAUAUGUACAUAUUUGACUAUGUACUACUAUUGUAUUGUAAAGCUAAGCUUUGCAGGCCUUACUUAGCUAUGUAACUCAUAGUUUAAUACAGUUGAUGGCUCGAUGGGCUUAUGAAAAGGUUUUUUAACUUC